UCUGACACACUCACACUCACCAAACAGGAAGACCAUACCUGUUUGGUGUGAGUCGGCUGGGGACUAUCAGCUCUUUUCUUGCCAACAGAGUUAAAGCGAUGAUGAUACCAGCAUGAUGACAACUUGAAUCCCUGUGAAGAGAAAGUCUGGCAAAUUUUGGAUUGUUUCCACUGGAAGUAAACGCUAUCAAACACUUCCACAUCAAGAGGAAAUCAAAGAAGAGGACUCUCUUGAAAGAAAAAUAAAGAAAAGUCAUGGCACAUCUGCCUUCUGUAUGAGUUUGGAUCACCAUUAAAAGGACCUGUCAUGUUGCUUUCAACCUGAACAAGCCAGCAACUUUCAGCAAUGUUUACCCCCAGGAAAAGCAGUCUUCCCUCCCCCAGCCUAGAGGACUCCUUCUUCCCUCUCUCCUCAUCCUCCUCUGUCUCUCUCUCCUUCGCCCUCCCCACAUCCACAUCGUCUCCUGGCAGCGGUGACAGUGGAGGAGGGAUAGAGACGGAUCUCAUUCUCGCUGCUGAGCUGGGGCAGGCUUUACUGGAGAAGAAUGAGGAGCUGGCAGCGUCUCUGGAGCAGAGCGAGAAGGAGGUGGAGGCCUUACAGCAGGAGAAACAUGUUCUCCAGAGGAGGCUGGAAAUGAACCAGCUGGAGUCUGGGCAGAGGGAGGCUGAACUGACCGCAGAUCUCGCUGCUUUGAGAGCAGAGCUAGAGCGACAUCACAGCCAGGGGCGUGACCGGCGGAGGGAUGAGGGAGAACAGCUGACUCAGUUGGCCAAUCACAACCAACGCCUUGUGGAACAGCUAGCAGAGGCGGUGACACUUGAACACACCUUGAGGACUGAGCUGCGUUCCCUCAGAGAAGAGAUGGAUGAAUCAUCCUUUAGCAGAAAUAUCAACUCCUCACAACUAGACAGCAUACAAGGAGAGAAUAGAGUCUUACUGGAGCGGCUGUCGCACAUGGAGAAACAACUCAAAGCUUCAGAGGAGGACUGCGACAGAUUUCGCUCUGAGAGAGACACACUGAGAGAAAGAGUUUCAGAGCUUCAGAGCAAACUGAGAGAGACAGAAGCAGAGAUAGAGCAGGAGCAGGGGGUGGUGUUUGAGUUACGAACCUUGAAUCGCUCUCUGCAGCAGAAAGCUCUAAACCUGGGGGAGGAGAGCAUCCUGGACAGUACAAAUACACAACCUUUGUCUCUGCUUAGUGAGAUUCAGCAAACACAGGCUAAAGAGGCUCUUCUAGCUCACUCAAACGUCCUGCAAGCAAAAGAUGAAGAGAUACAAGCACUAAAAGAGGAGGUGAAAUCUCAACAAACAGAACUGGAGUCUUUACGGGAGGAAGUCAAGCCGUUUAGAGGUAGUCCUGACAAACCAAGUUACAGUUCUUUGGAGAGUGAACUGUCCACUGUACGUCAAGAGAAGGAAACACUCACUCAGCAGCUUCUCAACACCAUCAAACACAAGGUGGCGCUGUCUCAAGAGCUGGAUGCAUGGCAGGAGGAUAUGAGGCUGGUGAUCAAUCAGCAGGUGCAGCAGCAAGAGGAGGAGAGACAGAAGGAAAUAAAGCGAGAGAGAGAGAACGCUGGAGGACUCCAAAGAAGCAAGUCUUUAAGAGUGAGGGGAGAGGCAGGGAAAGGAUUCUUCUCCUUUUUCAGGGACAAAUGACAAAAGUGGCAGCAGAUAAAACAGUUUAUUCCUUUAGCUUUGCCACUGUUGGAGCUUAUGCUGCCAGAUACGCACACUCUUAAUGCAAUAUCAGCAUCAACUAAUGCAAUGUUCACAGACCUCAUUUUUGAAUGUAUUUGUAAAUAUUUA